UUCACUUUUCUCUCAUCAGAGUCUGGACCUACCUGUUUUUCCUGCGUGUGCUACCUUCUAUUAAAUGUGCAAGUGAGAGAAAUAAUUCAACUUUAGAAAGUGUGGUCACAUUGCAGGAGGUCUAAUGAUGGGAAAAAGUGGCAGUUUUUUGCAGUGGGUGAUUAUUUUACAUGUUUUGUUUGUGACUGUGGAUGGAUAUCGACCCGUCGUUAUAGUUCAUGGAUUAUUUGAUGGGUCAAAACAGUUCACCAAUCUCAAAAGCUUUAUCACUCAGACUCACCCAGGCACUAAUGUGACUACUAUAGACAUGUAUGAUUGCAUAGCCAGCCUGAAGCCUCUAUGGGAGCAAGUUAAUGGUUUCAGAGAAGCAAUCGGACCCAUAAUGGAGAAUGCCAAAGAUGGCAUCCAUCUCAUCUGUUUCUCACAAGGGGGUCUGGUAUGCCGAGGACUUAUUGCCACACUUCCCAAACACAACGUCCACUCCUUGAUCUUUCUGUCAUCACCGCUGUCCGGCCAGUACGGAGUAACAUCAUAUUUGAGGCAUGUCUGCCCAAGUUGUGUUAAGCAACACGUUUAUCAAGUGUGCUAUAACUGCUUAGGACAAAAGAUCUCGAUCUGCAACUACUGGAAUGAUCCACACCACAGAGAGAGGUACUUGAAGAGCAACACAUUUCUUGCCCUAUUGAAUGGCGAGAUUAAGCAUCCUAAUUUAACAGAGUGGCGAGAACAUUUCUUGGGUGUUAAGAAAAUAGUGAUGAUUGGAGGACCACAUGAUGGUGUUAUUGCACCCUGGCAGUCGAGUCUAUUUGGAUUCUAUAACAGCAAUGAAACUGUGGUUGAAAUGAAACAACAGGAAUGGUAUCUGAGUGAUGCAUUUGGACUGAAAACACUCGACUCCAGAGGAGCCCUGGUCCAGUGUGUUUUCUCGCACGUCGAACACAUCUUCUGGCAUUCAAACUUCACUGUGUACAAAAACUGCAUAGAGGAGUGGCUCACAUAAAUAAACAAAGUCUUCAUACACACACAUAUGAAUCAUGGCAUUGGCAGUUUGUUGCCAUUCUGCAUUCACAGAUCCCGUCUUGUUUGAUUUAAAGAAAAAUGACUGCGCUUGUGCAAAGAAUAUAAUUUGAAUGACUAUUAAACUGUUAAUUUGGAAUGUGGGAUAUUAAUAAAUUAAGAAUUAAAAUGUAAAAGAAAAAAAUUACCUGCAUGUCAAGUACAACCCCGAUUCCAAAAAAGUUGGGACAAAGAACAAAUUGUAAAUUAAAACGGAAUGCAAUAAUUUACAAAUCUCAAAAACUGAUAUUGUAUUCACAAUAGAACAUAGACAACAUACCAAAUGUCGAAAGUGAGACAUUUUGAAAUUUCAUGCCAAAUAUUGGCUCAUUUGAAAUUUCAUGACAGCAACACAUCUCAAAAAAGUUGGGACAGGGGCAAUAAGAGGCUGGAAAAGUUAAAGGUACAAAAAAAGGAACAGCUGGAGGACCAAAUUGCAACUCAUUAGGUCAAUUGGCAAUAGGUCAUUAACAUGACUGGGUUUAAAAAGAACAUCUUGGAGUGGCAGCGGCUCUCAGAAGUAAAGAUGGGAAGAGGAUCACCAAUCCCCCUAAUUCUGCACCGACAAAUAGUGGAGCAAUAUCAGAAAGGAGUUUGACAGUGUAAAAUUGCAGAGUUUGAACAUAUCAUCAUCUACAGUGCAUAAUAUCAUCAAAAGAUUCAGAGAAUCUGGAAGAAUCUCUGUGCGUAAGGGUCAAGGCCGGAAAACCAUACUGGGUGCCCGUGAUCUUCGGGCCUUUAGACGGCACUGCAUCACAUACAGGCAUGCUUCUGUAUUGGAAAUCACAAAAUGGGCUUAGGAAUAUUUCCAGAGAACAUUAUCUGUGAACACAAUUCACCGUGCCAUCCGCCGCUGCCAGCUAAAACUCUAUAGUUCAAAGAAGAAGCCAUAUCUAAACAUGAUCCAGAAGCGCACACGUCUUCUCUGGGCCAAGGCUCAUUUAAAAUGGACUGUGGCAAAGUGGAAAACUGUUCUGUGGUCAGAUGAAUCAAAGUUUGAAGUUUGAAGGGACGCCGCGUCAUUCGGAUUAAAGAGGAGAAGGACGACCCAAGUUGUUAUCAGCGCUCAGUUCAGAAGCCUGCAUCUCUGAUAGUAUGGGGUUGCAUUAGUGCGUGUGGCAUGGGCAGCUUACACAUCUGGAAAGACACCAUCAAUGCUGAAAGGUAUAUCCAGGUUCUAGAGCAACAUAUGCUCCCAUCCAGAUGACGUCUCUUUCAGGGAAGACCUUGCAUUUUCCAACAUAACAAUGCCAAACCACAUACUGCAUCAAUUACAGCAUCAUGGCUGCGUAGAAGAAGGGUCUGGGUACUCAACUGGCCAGCCUACAGUCCAGAUCUUUCACCCAUAGAAAACAUUUGGUGCAUCAUAAAACGGAAGAUACGACAAAAAAGACCUAAGACAGUUGAACAACUAGAAUCCUACAUUAGACAAGAAUGGGUUAACAUUCCUAUCCCUAAACUUGAGUAACUUGUCUCCUCAGUCCCCAGACGUUUACAGACUGUUGUAAAGAGAAAAGGGGAUGUCUCACAGUGGUAAACAUGGCCUUGUCCCAACUUUUUUCAGAUGUGUUGUUGUCAUGAAAUUUAAAAUCACCUAAUUUUUCUCUUUAAAUGAUACAUUUUCUCAGUUUAAACAUUUGAUAUGUCAUCUAUGUUCUAUUCUGAAUCAAAUAUGGAAUUUUGAAACUUCCAGAUAAUUGCAUUCAGUUUUUAUUUACAAUUUGUACUUUGUCCCAACU